GUUAAAAAUUAUAAGGUUGAUUUAUCAAAUUAUCAUGCUGCAGAGGCCGGAUAUCAUCCACCUAUAAAAGAAACCUCUGAUGGCCUCGAAAUGAAAAACUCAAAUGCUGCUGCUUCUCGUGGAAUUACGAAAAUUGAAUUUAGUAGACUUUUAAACCCAUCAGGUCGAAAACAAAUUAAACACGGAAAGAUGAAAUAUAUUAUGGCUUACAAUCCGUCAAGCAGCGGAUUUAGUUAUCAUGGAAAUAACCGUCAAAUGGUAUUGAUUGAUUUUUAUACGAACGAAUUGUCUGCAUCAACUAUGGCAGGAAUUCAAAAGACAACGCGAUUUUUCCAUGGAUUAGGAAUGAUUUUAACGUGGUGUCUGUUAUUUCCGAUAUCAAUUUUCAUUGUUCGAUUUCAUAAACACACCAACAAUUACUUAAAAAUUCAUCGUUCCGUACAAGUGCUUGGUGGUAUUUCAAUAUCUACAUUCGGUGCCGCAGCAAUAGCCACAAUGACGGAAACCAAAACUCCGCAUGCAUGGAUGGGUUUAACUAUUUAUUCUCUUGUAUUUGUCCAACUGGGUUUGGGGUUAGCGGCUAUUUGGGGACAAGCCGCCGUUGUCUCG